UUCAUUACAAGUUGAUCUGUUCAGCGCGCAAGUUGGAGAACUUAAUCGUGAUCGGGAACAAUCAGCAUUCGGACUUAAGACAGGUUGUUAACAAUACCAGGAACACCUUCCACAUUGAUUACUGAUCACUAAUCACAGCAAUAAGUCAGGAUGGUACUUACGGCGAUUCUAAGUCUAGGUCUAGUCUUGUGCAUCUUGCCACUGCUGGUUCUGAGCCAGAGCAGUUGCGUCACUCCGGCGAGAGCGGCAGGUCAGUGUAUUCGGUACCAGGAGUGUCCUUUUGUGCAGAAGAUCAUCGGCAUAUACGGCCGUAACAUACCGCGGAGAAUUCAUAACCAAAUCACACAGAUGGAGUGCAAAAGCACAACAAAUACAAGAGAGUUCCAUCUUUGCUGCCCCAAUGAGGCGACACCGCAAUCCAAUCAGGAGUCUCAGAGGAAGGUUGUGCGAUCGGAGGGUGGAAAUCUGAACCGCUAUGAUCAGCGGGGUCUCCAACUGCUGGACAGGGUGUCCAACUGCGGAAACAAAGGCAAUCCGAAGGUCAGUGGAGGAAAGACAGCCAAACCCGGUGAUUUUCCCUGGGUGGCACUGCUUAAGUACAAGAUCAACGAUCAGCGUCCCUUCCUCUGCGGCGGCAGUCUGAUCAGCGAGCGCCACAUCCUAACUGCCGCUCAUUGCAUCGUGGACCAGCCUGAAGUAAUUGCGGUUCGUCUGGGCGAGCAUGAUCUUGAUACGGAGGAGGACUGUCACUAUUUGGGCGGGAUUAACCGCGUCUGCCUACCGCCCUACGAGGAGUACGGCAUUGAGAAGAUACACGUGCAUCCCAACUACGUUCAUGGGGAGAUCAGUUUUGACGUGGCCAUCAUUAAGCUGGAUCGAGUGGUUAAGGAAAAAUCGCAUAUUAAGCCCGUCUGCCUGCCCAUCGAUCGGCGAUCCCAGGAACUGGCCUAUGAUCAAAGCUUUUUCGUCGCCGGCUGGGGUGGAACUGAGAAAGCAACGGUCGCUUCUAAAUUACAGCAGGCGUUGAUCACCAGGAAGAAUCUGGACGAGUGUCGUCAGUAUUACAACAAGGGCGAGGUGAAUGACAACCAUAUUUGUGCCACAGGAACCGGAAUCAAGCAUACGUGCCAGGGUGACUCCGGUGGCCCCGUGUUCUUCAAGCACCAAUUCAAGAACACCUACCGAGUGGUUCAGUACGGCGUGGUCUCCUUUGGCGGAAAACUCUGCGGCCGCAACAAUAAUCAACCAGGAAUCUUCGCUAGCGUUAUCGAUAUGCUUCCCUGGAUCACUCAGAACCUGCAGUAGAGCCACCUGAUACAUCUGAUUAACCUAACUGACACCAUCUUAUUUAUAUCCGUAGUCUUAAGGUCCCUUGCCAUAGUUCUUCUAGAGGAUUCCCUAGCUUUGUAAAUUUAUUUAAUAUAUGAUAUAAGCAGCAAUAA